AUGUUAUCGGAGAAGCGCUUGAAGCAGAUCAUGAAGGAGCAUGGGCUUGGGACUAUCACCUGCGCGAAGCGGUCCUGUAGUUCAGAGAAUGACCAGGAAACUGCGAACAGCCCGGUUCCUUUGCUCUCCGAGUUCUCCCCUCCUCGUACCAGUCCACGUCCCCAUCCUAACGGUUGGUCCGUCAUGGAAGAGGCGUCAUUUGAGAAAGUCAAGCCUAUUGCGGAGUUUGUGCUCGGGCACCGUAUGGGUAGGUUUGAUUGGAAGAAACUGGGUUUGCAGCAGAAAGGGUAUGAGUUGGACACACAAUACAUGAAGCCUGGAGCCAGACUGUCGGAUAUGCUGCUGCAUCAGCUUGACUACAUGCACAAUUCGGAUCACCUGUACAGACUGUAUGGACGAGGAGGUCAUGACUGGGGCGUCACGUUCAAUGCAGACAUGGGUAUAAUGUUCACGGUGCUCCAGCGAAGGGUUAUUGAAGAACAUGAGGCUGGAGCAUUGUUCGUCAUGUACCAGCGACUUCUUGCCGCAGCCCGUCAAGUGGAUGUUUCCGCCUCCGACCUUCGCUCUCAGCUCUACGUAGAGUACGGCAUUGAUCCCCUCCUUGCCGCUUUGCCACCACCUUCAACUCCGCGCGAGGCAGCAGCUAGGCAUACCCACGAAGAGAGUGCUCGUGCAUCUUACCGCGCACAAAAGAUAGAGCUAUUAAAGGCUCUACGCCAACAAGAGAGCGACGAUUAUGCUCCAUUCAACUUGAAGUCGCGCAUCGAGGUUGACAAAUUUGGAAUUCCCGUGUACAGAGAGGAAGUACACGGGAUGGACGCCGUGUUCUGCGUCCCAGUCAACAAAACGGGGGACGGAUGGCGGAUGACUUCGUGA